AUGCUCACGUACGACCAGUUCACCGCUCGCAUCGCCGUCCGCGGCGGCUCCGUCGCGUCAACCUCCGGCGCGUCAACCUCCGGCAAGACCUUCGAGCAGCCCGCGGAGCUCGACCCGUGGCUCGUCAAGGCGCCCGAUCUCGCCGACUGGGACCCCGACCAGCCCCUGCUGCUCGCCAACCUGUGGGAGACGUACGACGUGUACGUCAACCUCGCUCGCACCGGCCUCUGGUUCGACAUCAACCCCUUCUGGCACCCCAAGCUGGCGUGCUACUACCUGCGAUGCGAGCCGGAGAAGAAACCGUCGCCGAGGCGGCGCGGCGCGACGAUGGAACCUCGCGAGCCCAAGCGACGCACCGUCGCGGUUCCGGUCGCGGCGGGGCCGGCGACCGUCACCGCGGGGCGCCUGCGGGAGCUGUGCGCCCUCGGCGAGGAGUGGCGCCUGGAUCUCGCGGGCGGCGGCGGCGUCGGCGGCGGCGGCGACUCCGAAGCGGGGCUGGCCGGGACGCGAACGCUUUCGACACCUCGCGACGUCGCCGCGGAGAGGGGGCGGGAGAAGCACCGACGACGCGCGCCCGCCGGAAGGUGGCGCGCCGCGGACGCGCUCGACACCGUCGCGGUGUCGCUCGCGAUGAUCGACUACGACGGGACCACGGUCGUCGUCCAGACGCAGCGCGGGCUGGUGGAGCCGGAGGUGGACGAGGAGGCGGAGGCGGCGGCGGCGGCUGCGGCGGCGAGGGCGGAUGGCGGGGGAGACGCAGCCGGCGACGGAGGGGAAGGACGAGACCCGUUCGGGGCUUCGCUCGACGACGCGGCGCCGCUGUACCGCGGCGGGGACGGAGGGGACGCGAUCGAGACGGACGACGAGGGCGACGAUCAGCCGCCGCUCGAUUACGACACGGACGAUUUCGAGCGGGACGGUUUCAACCUGGUCGACGACGACGACGACUCCGAGCCCGAGCCCGCCAAGAAGCAAAAAAACUAA